AUCUAAAAAGAAAAAUAUAUAAGAAUUAUAUAUGUAUAUACAACGGUGUAUAUAUUCACAAAUAGUUAAGUGUUGACACAAGCAUAAAUGCGAAGAAUAAAAUUUUUUUAAAUAAAAUUUAAGUGCAAAGUGCUGGCUAUAGGCUCUACUCAAAGUAUUAAGAAAAAAACAAAGUUGACGCAGGCAAAAAAUGAAAAUCGACCAACUCAACGAAUUUAGUUAAGCGCUUACAAGUUCGUUUCGUACGCCGCAGACAACACUUGGAUUACGGGUUUCCGGUAGCGCGGCACAAAAAAUAAACUAUUUGCUACAAAAAUAUAAAAGUUCAACAAAAAAUUAAAGAAAAAAUUAAAAACAACAAUAAUGCAGCGCAGAGUGCAAAAGUGUGUAGUGGCACAAAAUUAGUGCAGAAAAUUGAAAAAAAAAAAUAUUUUCUUGCAACAAAAUAAACGCAUAAGUGACGCCUAAAAUGCGCAAAUUAAAGAAAUAACGUUUUUUACGCCACAAACAUAAGCAACACGCUCGUAAAGUGUGCGCGUGUGUUAAAAUAUUUGGUUAAUGUGUGUGUGUGUCUGUGCGCUAAAGCAAGAAAUCAACGCAGCAAAGACGCACAGCCCAAAAUAUUACAAAUUAUCAACGAAAUCAAACAAAAUUCAAUUAAAAAACCAAAAUCAACACGAAAUUCCAACAACACAAUGUCCACCAAAAUGACACUCAUCUCCAAAACCAUACUCUCCGUGCUCAUCACCGUCAUCAUACCGGUGCUCGGCGCGGCGCUUAGCAAAACAGUGCUCUAUCAGGCGCCCGACGAGUGUCGCUGGUCCGGCACCAGCGAGUCGGACAUCACGCUCGUCUGCCACCUGCGCACCAUCAACUCGGAGCUGGAGAACACCAACUUCAGCGUUAUACAACCACAGAAUACGAUACGUCUACGGCUGGAGUGCAAUGAUGCGCUCUUCUUCCAGAGCAGUCUUAGUCCGGACUCUUUUCGUUCGUUGGUCGAGCUGCGCGCCCUCACCAUCGAGUACUGCAAACUCGGCAAUAUAACGGAGGGUUCAUUCCGUGGCUUGCAGGAUCUGCGCAAUCUCACCAUACGCACGCAUAACGGUGACUGGUCGACAAUGUCGCUGGAUAUAGCGAGCAGCAGUUUUAGUGAAUUUCGUCAGCUCGAUCGUUUGGAUUUGAGUUUGAAUAAUAUCUGGCUGAUACCGGAUGGCAUGGUGUGCCCGUUGAAGGUGCUGACUCAGCUCAAUAUCUCGCAUAAUGAAAUACAAGAUAUUGGCAAUUUCCACUUUAGCGCGGCGUUGAGCUCACGCAAGUCACGCAUAUGCGGCACGUCGCUGACGCACAUCGAUUUGAGCGCCAACAAGAUUGCCAAUUUGCCAUCGGCGAUCUUCUCCGGUUUGGGACGCCUCAGUAAUUUGAAUUUAGCGCGUAACGGCAUGAAUUUCAUAGCCGAUCGCGCUUUCGAGGGCUUAGUCUCGCUCUCGAUUGUCAAUCUGUCCGGUAAUCGUUUGACCUCGCUGCCGCCAGAACUUUUUGCUGAGGCAAAAUAUGUUAAGGAGAUCUACUUGAAAAAUAACAGUAUUAAUGUGUUGGCGCCUGGUCUCUUCAGCGAUCUGGCUGAUUUGCUUGUGCUGGACUUAUCAGCGAAUGAGUUGAACUCUCAGUGGGUCAAUGCCGCCACAUUCGUGGGUUUGAAGCGUCUGGUUUUGCUCGAUCUGUCAGCGAAUAAGAUUAGCAAGCUGGAGGCAAGCAUCUUCCGUUCGCUUAGCUCGUUGCAGAUAUUGAAACUGGAGGAGAAUUACAUCGAUCACAUACCAGACGGCGCCUUCGCCGAUCUUGCCAACUUGCAUACGCUCAUCUUGUCCAAUAACCGCAUAUCGAUGCUGGGACCGCACACAUUGCGCGGUCUCUACGGCAUACUCGUGCUGAGUCUCGACUACAAUGCCAUCACGAAAAUAGACACGCAAGCAUUGCGCAAUUGCUCGAGCAUACAGGAUCUGCAUUUGAAUGGCAAUAAGCUGAAGAGUAUACCGGAUGCGUUGAGCGCUGUGCCGCUGCUGAAAACGCUCGACAUUGGUGAGAAUCUAAUUAAGAACAUUGAAAAUACCAGCGUUUCGGCAAUGGCCAACUUGUAUGGCUUGCGUUUGACGGAGAAUAGUAUUGAGUUCAUACGACGCGGUGUCUUCGAUCGCAUGUCAUCGCUGCAGAUACUGAAUUUGUCCGGCAAUAAAAUCAAAGGCAUCGAGGGGGGCGCGCUGCACCGCAACACACAGCUGCAGGCCAUACGUUUGGAUGGCAAUCACUUGAAGAGCAUCGAUGGCUUAUUCACCGAGUUGCCAAAUUUGGUGUGGCUUAACAUUUCGGAUAAUCGCUUGGAGAAGUUCGACUACUCGCACAUACCGACCGGUUUGCAGUGGCUGGAUGUGCGUGCCAAUCGCAUCACGCAGCUGGGCAACUAUUUCGAAAUCGAAAAUGAGCUUAGCCUGAGCACAUUCGAUGCCAGCUCGAAUAUGUUAAGCGAGAUUACGGCGAGUUCGAUACCGAAUAGCGUGGAGGUUUUAUACUUGAACGAUAAUUUGAUCAGCAAAAUACAGCCGUACACAUUCUUUAAGAAACCCAAUCUGACGCGCGUUGACCUGAUACGGAAUCGCCUUACCACAUUGGAGCCGAAUGCUUUACGCCUAUCGCCCAUACCGGACGACAAGGACAUACCCGAAUUUUACAUUGGCCACAACCCGUUCGAGUGCGAUUGCAAUCUAGAUUGGUUGCAGAAGGUCAACAGCGAGUCACGCACGCAACCGCAGCUCAUGGAUCUCGAUCAGAUCUACUGUAAGUUGUCGUAUGCGCGCGGCAAGACGCACGUGCCGCUAAUCGAGGCUAAAUCGAAUGAGUUCCUCUGCAAGUAUGAGGCGCACUGCUUUGCGUUGUGCCACUGCUGUGACUUCUACGCGUGCGAUUGCAAAAUGGAGUGUCCCGAUCGUUGUGCCUGCUAUCACGAUCAAUCGUGGACAUCGAAUGUCGUGGACUGCUCGCGUUCCGCCUACGAUCGCACGCUGCCUUCGCAUAUACCAAUGGACGCCACGCAACUGUAUUUGGAUGGCAAUAACUUCCGCGAACUCUCCAGCCACGCAUUUAUUGGACGCAAGCGUCUAAAGGUGCUGCACUUGAAUCAUUCGCGCAUCGAAAUUGUGCACAAUCGUACAUUCUACGGGCUGCUCGAGCUCGAAGUGCUGCAGCUGAACCACAAUAAUCUGCGUCAGCUGAAUGGUAAUGAGUUUCAGGGUUUGGACAAUCUGCAGGAAUUGUACCUGCAACAUAAUGCUAUCGCCACCAUUGAUACGCUGACUUUCACGCACCUCUAUCAUCUGAAAAUACUGCGUCUGGAUUAUAACGCCAUCACCGAGUUCGCUGUUUGGAACUUCCUGCCCGCGUACCUGAAUGAGCUGCGGCUGGCGGGCAAUCCGUGGUCUUGCAAUUGUGAAUUCAUCGAUAAGUUACGUGACUACGUUAAUCGGCGUGAAUCGGUGCUGGACAAGGUAAAGCUGCGUUGCUCACUACUCGCCGGCAGUAAUGCAACAACGAGUGACAACAACAGCGCAGUGAGCGGCCAACAAGCGGAGGGUGAGCAAUAUGCCAUCUACUUGAGUGGCGAUCCACUGCUGGACGCGCAAACGCGCUUCGUCGCCUGCAACGGUGGUUUGCAAGCGCCACAGCAUCAGUCACCCUUGGGCGCGGCGGAUCCCAACGAUAAUGUGAUCAUCAAUGGCAACAUGACCUCGACGAAAAUGAUACUCUCACAGCCACCGAUGCAUGAAUAUGUGCCGAUACUGGUAGCCGUAUUGACCAGCUUCGUUUUCGUGAUCAUCUGCACGUUGCUCGUGUUCAUCUUCCGUCAGGAGAUGCGCGUCUGGUGUCACUCACGCUUCGGCAUACGUCUCUUUUGCAAUGCACAUCGCGAUGUUGAUAAGAAUGAACGUGAAAAACUCUUCGAUGCCUUCAUCUCGUACAGCUCGAAGGAUGAAGCUUUCGUUUGUGAAGAUCUAGCGCCUAUGCUCGAACAAGGUGACACGCGCUACAAGCUCUGCUUACAUCAUCGCGACUUUCCGGUUGGUGGUUAUAUGGCUGACGCCAUCGUGCAAGCUAUUGACACCUCAAGACGCACCAUUAUGGUGCUCUCCGAGAAUUUCAUCAAAUCCGAAUGGUGCCGCUUCGAAUUCAAAUCGGCGCAUCAAUCUGUGCUACGCGACCGUCGACGCCGGCUUAUACUGAUCGUGCUCGGCGAAGUGCCACAAAAGGAUAUCGAUCCCGAGCUGCGUCUCUACUUGAAAACUAACACAUACCUGCAGUGGGGCGACAAGCUGUUUUGGGAGAAGCUGCGCUUCGCCUUACCCGACGUGCCGAACAAUCAGCGCCGCAUGCGCAACGCUGGCGUGGGCGGCUGCACCGGUGUAGGCGUGCACAUGCCCAUCGCUCAGCUGCCACCCACACAUCAUCACCAUGCACAUCACAUGCUGUCAGCGGGCGCCGGUAGUGGCGGCGCUGUCGGCAAUAUGUCAGCCGGCGCUCAUCACAUGCACCACAUGCAUCCGCAGGCCGCGCUGCAACAUCAUCAGCUGCAACACGCCAGCUUCCGCUCGCAAAUGCAUCACAACAUCAACGGCAGUCGACAGAAUCACAAUCGAAACAACUCGGCCGCCGCGGCGGCUGCUGCGCAACAGCAACAACACCAGCAGGCCGCCAUGCUAAUGGGUGCGCCGGUGCAGUGCGCACAACUGCCGCUGCCGCCACAACAGUCACAACAGCUGCUGCCGACAGCAGCCAGCGCAGGCGCGCCACCUAGCAGCAUACAACAGCAGCAAUUGCCGCCACCGCCAUGUCCCAGUCCGCGGAGCAUCACGACGCAGUCAUCAGCGGCGGGUGGUAGCUCACAGAGUUCCGGCCGCACAAUGGGCGUGCAUAUUUAAGAUUUGGGCGCUAUAGGCGCCAACAGCUGUAGCAGUAGUUUCUUAUGUGUAAGUGAACGCGCGUGUGUGUGUAUGUGUUUAUAAGCAACUGUUGGUUUAGUGGGUGAGGUGUUGUAUGUGCUAAAAGUGGACGCAAAAUUGUGCGCGCUGAGCUCUUCUAGAGCGCUAGACGCGGCUGUAGUAUGCUAAUGAUGUGGCAAGUGUAUUAUGGAAUGCUGGCAAGCUAUCUGCUAGCUUUUGGCAUGUUUCAGUGUGUAGAGCUUAGUUCAAAUACUUUAUCGAAUAUCAGUUUCUACACUUCGAGCUUUAUUUCUGGGUCAGCGUCAUUUGUGUUGAGCUUCGGCAUUAUCAGCCAGACGCCAGAUCUUAUAUGACGAUCGGCUAUUUACAUAUUACGAACGCGCUCACUUGCGCGCAACAUUCACUAAUAUGCCGCUGCUCUCAUCCCCAGGCACAUGCAACUUCAUUGCUGUCUGCAUUUUCGCCUUUCACAUUUUGAAAUUUCCAUUCAACAGCGAUUUGUAGGCAUUUUCCGAAUUCAGGUCAAACAAAUCGCCGAAACAAAACUCAACAGCUGUGUGUGUGCGUUCACAGGCAGUAUUUUCGGCAGUAAUAAAAGAAAAACAGCGCAGCGCUGCAUGCAACAAUGGCACGAAGCACAAAAAUACAAACAAAUACAUGUUGAAAAACUAUUUCUCAAACGUAUUUGCUUUAAAAUUAAAAACAAAAAAGCAAAAACAACAAAGCACGGCGCGUCAAUAGACGAAAUUCGAUUUGGCAUUGAACAUUUACUUCGUGCAACAUGCCUAUUGGCACAUAUUGCUUUGGCAUGCUUUGUGCCAUUGUAUGAGAGUAUAUGUGCAGCGUUGUCUGCCACUUUUUGUUGUUGUUGUUAUGCGAUUUUUAGCGCAUUAUGUUGCAAUGAAAGCAGUUAGUCACGUUAAAGUUGUCGCCGGAUGGCUUGCUGGCUGCGUGACCGGCGCAGCGCAGCUAGUGACUGCGCGUUUCAAUCAAACGGCAGUUUGUGGACUAAAAUAAAGUUAUUUUUUGAUGAGUGAGCAGAAUUUUUGAAAUUAAUUGACGUGGCUAAUGGGUAAAGUUGCCUGAUUUUUGUGGCAUGAACUUGUUCAUUAAAUUGUUGUAAAUUCAAUUUUUGGAUAAAAUUAAACUUUCUGAUUUUUCAUUUCUUGCAAUUUUUUUGUGAAAUUUUUGUAAUUUUUUUCUUGUCGCAUUUGCGUUAAUUUCGUUAACCGACGCCUUGAACUUCGGUGCCUAAUUAAAAACGCAUACAAAUCGACCGCCUCUACAAGCUUUUUCGCUUGAGCGCAACAUGUAUUUUAGAGCGGCUUGUUAAUUCGCAUUUCGGACAUUUUACUUUAACCAAAAAACGCAACAGUUGUAAGUUGCAUUGAAAGCAGUGUGGCAAAAAGUGCAAAAAUGCUUACAAAAGCGGCCAAAAAGUAAAGAAAAAUCGAAAAAAAGUAAAAAAUGUACAAAAACCGAAACGCAUACAAAACUAUGCAUAUAUUUUGCCAAACAGCAACAACAAAUCGCAUGAGACAAGCUAACCGCAUUAAUAUUAUGUUGGCCAUGGCAAUGUUGCCACAAACUAGUUGCCGCACACAACUCUGCACCAGCGAAUGUUAUGUAUAGUGGUUGUUAGUGGCAUUUUGUUGUUGUUGUUGUUCAUUAUGCACGUUUUACAUUGCAAAGCAGCGUACUUUUGUUACUGCUGUUGUUGUUGUUGUUGUUUUAUAUCAAGUUGUUUUUCCUACUCACUGGCCAUUAUGAGUUUCCUGUGCGCCAAAGCGCUACAGAAAAUUGAUGUUGCAUGCAACAAUCAUAAAAAGGCACCGAACAAAAAUAUUGUAAAAAACAGUAACAACAACUAUGCAGCGUACAGAAAAGUUCAAUGCAAAAUUGCGGCUAAAGGUAAUGAGAGAAAUAAGAGCAAAAGCCAGAGCAAGAAAUUAAGUGGACGCAAACACAAAGUUGGCUACACAAAAAGCGUGCAGACGACUGUGGCCGGUUACAGAGAAUGGCAUAAUAAAGUAACAACAACAACAUAAAACGGUAACAAAACAGACACAAACAGAACAGCUACGAAACAGCGCUGAAAAGGUAGACAGGUUAAGUGAUCGAUAAAGUGUUCGAGAGCACAAGAAAGAGAGAGGGAGAGAGCUAGAGCGAAUGAAAGAGAGAGAGCUAGAGUUCGUCAAAGAAACAAACCAUCCGACCGCCAGUUAGUCGCUUAGACGGUAGACAUUCCAACGGACAGACAGCCAGCUGCAAACGUAUGCCGACCCAAAAGCGACGCAGCGUUGCUUAGGUAGAAAAAGAGGCGGCCAAGUGGAUCGCCAGACAUGCACUUGGUCGAUCGACGGCGACAAGCAGCAAGAAUCGUUGCUUCAGCUACAACACUUGAUGCCGCACCAUAGUGUGCUAUUUGAAGAUCGACCUGAGAUGAGGUAGGCAAAAAGUGUUGGAAGCAAAGAGCGAAGCAGACGAACAAAAGGCUGUGCAGAAGGCGAAAGUAGGUGCCACAGGCGGCUGAACUGCCAACAAAUAGGGGAAGAGACAAAAAGACACAAACAGUAAUAAAAAUGCUGUAUGCGAGCAUGUUUAGUGAAGAAACAGUUAUACACAACUCUACAGGGUACAACGCAACGACAAGAAGUCAAACGCUGAGCGCGCCAGAACGACCGAUCGUUACGUUGAUUACGACUAGCGCGGUCGACUUUUUGACGGACUCUGUCAAGCGCAUUGACGACUGAUCGUUGCAUGAUUUUCAUAUUAUUUCAUUUGUUGUUGUAUUUUUGCGGCUUAAGGUCCGAGUUGUCGGUUUGGUUUAGCUAAAAUCGCAACAAAAAAUAAAAAUCGAUAGACAGAAGUAACUGCAGCUGAAAAUUUGAGGGAAAAUGAGAAGCAAAGUGAGAAGAAUAUAGAAAUAUUGCCGUCAGUGAUAUUUAAAGAUUUCGUAUUAACUGUUAUUUUUGUAUUAAGCUUUGAGUGAAAGCUCCAAAAUAAAGUGAAAAUGGAAAGAAAUCUUCCUUAAAUAUCAGUGAAAGCUCUAAAUUACUGCGAAAAGCGCCUAAAAGCUUGCAUGCACUUCGUGAAAGCACUUAACCACAAAAAUGAGUAUUACAGACUGCCGUCUGUUGGCAAAAAUGUCGCACAAAAAAAUAAUGAAAGCUCGCCGGAUUGAGUCAAAAUCUCGAUUUAAGCACUGAAUUAUAUUUUUUUUUUACUUUUCCAAAUAAUUUGUAUCAUUUCUUCACAAAACAAAUACGAAUAAACACAAUGCAUUCCAUGUUUUUAUGUAAAACAGCAUUAUUACCCCUGCACACACCGCACUCACCUCAUCAACAGCAAAAUCAUUGCAUUUAUUGUACUAAAUAAUUUAAAAUUGAACUUUAAUUGUUAAAUAAAUUUAAAUAUUUUAUUAUAUAAGCCUAGUAUGUAGCAACAAAAACAUUGUGAUAUGUAUGUAAAGAAUUAAAAAAUAUUGUAUAGACAUAUUUAAAUUGUAAAAUACGACAACAAACGAGGAAACAGCGUCUACUAUUAGUUAUGUAAGAAAACAUUGGUGAAAAGCCGCUUAGCUCUUAAGCCAACCAGCAUACUACGUCCUACAAUUUAAUUUAAUUUUAAAGCGAAAAAGUAUAGAAAAUAUUUAAAAACAAAAAUUGUAAGCAGAACUAUAAAAAAUAACGGUAAAAAUUAAUUU